AUGUCCGCCUCCGCUAUCUUUGUGCUGGAUCUGAAGGGAAAGGUGCUGAUUUGUCGGAACUACAAAGGCGAUGUGGACAUGUCAGAGAUUGACCACUUCAUGCCUUUGCUCAUGCAGCAUGAAGAGGAAGGUCUUCUCUGUCCCGUAAUGUCACACGGCAACGUUCACUUCAUGUGGAUCAAACACAGCAACCUCUACCUUGUGGCUACAACAAACAAGAACUCCAACGCUUCCUUGGUGUAUGCCUUUCUCUACAAACUAGUUGAGGUGUUCACAGAGUACUUUAAAGAACUGGAAGAGGAGAGCAUUCAGGAUAAUUUUGUGGUUGUCUAUGAGCUGCUGGAUGAACUUAUGGACUUUGGAUUCCCUCAGACUACUGACAGCAAGAUACUACAAGAGUACAUUACCCAGGAAGGUGCCAAGCUUGAAGUAGCAAAGAGCAAGGUGCCGACAACUGUGACCAAUGCUGUGUCCUGGAGGUCAGAGGGUAUCAAGUACAAAAAGAACGAGGUCUUCAUUGAUGUCAUCGAGUCCAUCAACGUAUUGGUGAAUGCUAAUGGCAGUGUGAUGAGCAGUGACAUUGUGGGCAGCAUCAAGCUAAAAACCAUGCUGUCGGGGAUGCCCGAACUGCGCCUGGGCCUCAAUGAUCGAGUGCUUUUUGGCCUCACUGGACGUGACAAAGGAAAGACGGUGAUGAUGGAGGACGUGAAGUUCCAUCAGUGUGUCCGUCUCUCACGUUUUGAGAGCGAUCGAACAAUCUCCUUCAUUCCUCCAGAUGGGGAGUCUGAACUCAUGUCCUACCGCAUCAAUACUCAUGUGAAGCCUUUGAUAUGGAUCGAAUCUAUCAUAGAGAAAUUUUCUCACAGUCGAGUGGAAAUUAUGGUUAAGGCAAAGGGACAGUUUAAAAAGCAGUCUGUGGCAAAUAACGUAGAAGUGAGGGUCCCUGUCCCCAGUGAUGCAGACUCGCCAAAGUUCAAAACCAGCACAGGAAAUGCCAAAUAUGUGCCUGAGAAGAACCUGGUUGUGUGGACCAUCAAGUCUUUUCCUGGAGGUAAAGAGUUUCUCAUGAGAGCUCAUUUUGGUUUGCCCAGUGUGGAGAAUGAAGAGGCAGAGAGCAAACCUCCCAUAACUGUGAAAUUUGAAAUCCCAUACUUCACAGUCUCAGGAAUACAGGUGCGGUAUAUGAAGAUCAUAGAAAAAAGUGGUUACCAGGCUUUACCGUGGGUCCGCUACAUAACACAAAGUGGAGAUUACCAGCUGAGGACCAAUGUGUAA